UCCGAUUUUACAACAGCCGCUUUUUUCUGUGGACUGGAUUCAUCAUCCUCGAAAAUACUAUGCCACAGCACCUCCCACCACACACAGACUAAUAAUUGAUAUAAAUCGAGUCAAAAUAGGGAAAUCUGAAAGUUCCACCGUACAUCACGAUCAACGCCCACAGAACCCACCGAAAUACCUUGCAUUGAACCACACCGAAUCGCCCCACCCAACACGAACCAUAUAAGCCCUCUGGCCUCCACCAUUCUGCUCGGAGAAGCCACCACGUGUAUUCACGGACACCGAAACUCGGUCCUCCCAACUCAGCCAUGGCGUUUGUGACUCAGCGGUUCCUCCCAAUCACCAAACCAUUCACAGAACCCAAAUCCAAACCCAGACCCACCAUUUUUCUCCCAAAGGGUCUCCCCCAAACAUCUGGAAUUUUCUCUGGUACCAACCGGAAAAGAUGGGUCGUUGCAGUGGCAGAAGAGCUCGAUGUGAUCCCAGUUCAGAGCAGCGACUCCACGGAUCAGCAAGAUGGGGUUUUGGCGAGAAUUGAGGUGGAAGAAGAGGGGGAACUGGUGAACCAGGUGGGUGGGUUCUCUGGUGAAGGGAGGUUUUCGUUUGAGGGAGCUGGGGAGUUUCAGGGCUUUUCUUCUUCGUCUUCUUCUUCGACGAGUUCGGAGGGACAGGGUGAGGCUGAGGAUGUUGAGAGGUUGAUUGAUAGAAGUAUCAAUGCAACGAUUGUGCUAGCUGCUGGGAGUUUUGCCGUCACCAAAUUGCUUACCAUCGAUGCUGAUUACUGGCAUGGAUGGACGAUUUUUGAGAUCCUAAGGUAUGCACCCCAACACAACUGGAGUGCUUAUGAAGAAGCUCUUAAGACAAACCCAGUUUUUGCCAAAAUGGUUAUAAGUGGAGUGGUCUACUCUUUAGGGGAUUGGAUUGCACAGUGCUAUGAAGGAAAACCUCUUUUUGAGUUUGACCGUGCUCGGAUGUUGAGAUCAGGCCUUGUCGGUUUCACCCUACAUGGAUCACUUUCCCAUUAUUAUUACCAGUUUUGCGAGGCACUUUUCCCUUUCCAAGACUGGUGGGUUGUUCCUGCUAAAGUAGCCUUUGACCAAACUCUAUGGGCUGCUGUUUGGAAUAGCAUUUAUUAUACAGUUGUGGGAUUUUUGCGUUUUGAUUCCCCAGCCAAUGUUUUUGGUGAAUUGAGGGCAACAUUCUGGCCCAUGCUGACUGCCGGAUGGAAACUUUGGCCAUUUGCUCACCUUAUUACAUAUGGCGUGAUCCCAGUAGAACAAAGGCUCCUGUGGGUGGACUGUGUAGAGCUCAUUUGGGUGACAAUCCUUUCAACUUACUCAAAUGAGAAAUCAGAAGCAAGAGUAUCUGAAGCAUCAGCAGAAGCAGCUUCUAAUUCUCCACCAACAGGUUCUCCUGAGGUAUGUCAAUUAAAUGUUUUGUUCUGAUCACGUAUCAUACACUAUAAUACACUUACUUGGUGUUUUUUCAUAUCAGAAGUAAAUCAAGUGGAAACAACCAGAAGCAUGAGGGAAAAUCGGGGAGGCGUAGUUCACUUGUACCAUUGAGAGAGUGAAGUUCACAUCGGUGAAAGACCAUGGCUUGAAGUUUAAUGUGGCUGGGAAAGGUUGAUUUAGUUUAUUGCACACCUUCCUUUGCAGCUUGCAUACUCUUGUGACGGUAUCUUCACUCUCUUUAAUUAUGUAUAUACAGAAUUCUUAAACAUUGUGUUGAGGUCAAAUGUGGAAAAUUUCUAAUUUUAGCAAGAUACAGAUCAGCUUUCCCUUUCUAUCAUUUUGUCCUAUGAACCAAUUCAAUAAUGCACUUUGUUAUUACCCAAA